CCCUUCCGCAAGAAUAGAGCAGCCAGCACGGCGGUUCCACGGCCUGGUGUCAGCACCUCCCGAGGGUACAGCGCACGAUACACCCUGCACAGCUACAUUGCGGCGCAAGGCCGAACGGAAGCGUCGGCACUCCCAGGGACCAGCCGUGGCGACGAGACCCAAGAAGGGCACCGACAGGAGCGUGCCACGUCCACCACCCCGAAGGGUCGCGGAGGGUGCACAUCCCACCCCCGCGGGGACGGCCCGACAGACCAGAGGACCCAAGGAGCGGGACCGACAGCAGCCAGGGCACCCACGGGCCGAGGCAGGCCACACACAGAAUUUCGAGCCGAGCCCAGCACGGCACGAGCAGGCGGCGGCGCCUGAGUGUCUCGGCAGCUUCGCUGAGCCACCGACCAACACUGGCUGGAAACUUAUUAUUGAUCAGCUGUAUUAGCAUGCACACAGGAAAAAACACAGUCAACUUCAAUCACAACGCAUCGCCCGUGACGAAUGGAAAUCCCUUUCCCCAUGACCAUGAUGACAGACGUUCUCUGUCACCAUCCUGGGUUGCGCCGCCCCACGACAAUCCUUUACAGCCGCGCAGGCGGCGAGGCGGAGAUGCGAAGACCUUUCUCGAACGCCUCACGCCGAGUCCAACAUGUGCCCGCCUGCUGCUCCAAGACCCUGCCUCGUAGGCCGCCCGCGCCGAACCACAACGUGUCUGCCGCGGCGCUGGCGAUCGCAAGCGGCGCGGUCGGGGCCCAGGGCAGGGCCGCUGGAAAGCCCGUGCAAAAGCAGGCCACUGAUGGACUCUCUGGCGGGACCCUCCGCAGCGCCCCCCAAUCGGCUGAUUACACGCAAGAGUGACCCUAGGCAAGAGUGACCUUCCGUGCGCGGCCUGAGCGUGCCGAGGGGAGGCCAAACCCCAAGCGCGCAGGCCCGUGCUGGGGGGACCCCUGUGGGCCCGCG